AUGGAAACAGAACCAUACCAUUUUGCUGCUGGAGGAUCCAACACUGCAACUUCAUCCUCUUCAGAAGCGGGCGUUCAGGUUGGUCUCAAACGGUUGACAACCAUCCAUGACCCGCCCCAGGAACACCCUAUGAAGGGUAACACAGGUGGAAUAUCCGACAGCAGCCUUGAAAAGCUGACCAAGGCUCUUAUGGUUGAUGAUUAUAGUGCUCGUUCGCUAGGUUUGGAACUCGGAUUCAUCCGCACAGAAGUCUAUCAGUAUUGUGGAUAUGGUAAACCUAAAGAAAGUUCUGGAAUCUUGCGCAUGUUACGGGCCUGGAAACGCAAAACCCCUGAGGCAAACGAGACAUCUGGUUUACUGGAGGCGCUAAAGAAAGCAAACCUGAAACACCUGGCAGAUGACUUACAAGAAGCUCCUAGCACUUCCACUACGAAGAAAACAGAACCAGUUAGUUACGGACGAUCCAACACUGCACCUUCAUCCUCUUCAGAAGCGGACGUUCAGGUUGGUCGAAAACAGUCGGCAACCAUCGAUGACCAGCCCCCGCUACAAAACCCCAUGAAGGAUUACACAGAUAAAGUGCCUGCUAGGAAAAGUCAUAUUCCUGAUCUGGUCAAUAAGGUCGGUAGAGUUUACCACAUGGUGUUCACAGUUGCCAAGAAGAAGUUUGAGAAGCAAAGCAAGGUGCUUGGCUAA